AUGAACGUGAUGCUGACGCGUUGCCAACGAGGCAUGGUGAUUGUCACCAACAAGCGGUUCCUGGAGAACGGUGGGAAGGAUACCGUUAUGGGAGAGAUGACACGUUAUUGGAUGCGGCGAUGGGGCCAGCUCGUAUGGACGGAUCCCUAUAUGAUCAUGAAUCGCUUCGCCGAGUUGCCAGGCUCUGCUACG